GUUGCUGCCUCUUGUCACAGAGAGAACAGUUCACUUAAAUGCAGCUGCAGUACUUUUGUGUGAUACCUGUCAGAAUCAUUCCCAGAGCAAGGUUGGGUUUGUGACCAUGAUGUCAAGAUUGGUCUUUCUGCUUUUCUGUGGAUAUAUUGCUCUAAACCUGGGAAAUGCUCAGAAAUUGCCAAGAGUGAAAAGGCAGAGUCUGAAAGUUCAGGUCAAUGCGACAGAUGACACUGUUUGCAUGAGGUAUCUUCGACCAAGUCAAAACACCAAACUAGAAGGUUUUGUCCUGGGUUAUGGAAGCAACUUCUUCUCUAAUCAAUACAUUCCUUUGCCUUCAGAAGGAAAAACCUACGUAACAGAACUUGAUGCUGAGCCACGGUAUUUGGUUUCAGUAAGACCAGCACGCGUUUCAAAUAACAAGAAAUCUUGUUCAGGUCGGACCAAGACUCAAAAGCCUCUGCAGCUGGUAGUGGGCACUCUCACACCAACUUCUGUGUUCCUUUCUUGGGGCAUCCUAGUCAACCCUCAACAUGACUGGACCUCAACAAGUAACUGUGCUAGCGACAGGUUCUAUACAGUACGCUACAGAGAAAAGGGUAAAGACAAGAAAUGGGUUUUCCAGCUUUGCCCAGUUACAGAGACAGUGGUGGACAAUCUGAAGCCAAAUACACUUUAUGAAUUUGGAGUUAAAGACAACGUAGAGGAUAGUGUUUGGAGCAAGACUUUCAAUCAUAAGACAGUUCUGUCUAAUAAAAAAGUAAAUGGACAACUCCAGAAUAUGUACAAGUUGGUACCUAAUUCCCAAACACAGCUUACACUGCGUGAUAACAAGAAGUUGGUCCCUGUCACAAUAAUCAAACAAGUUAUUCAAAAUCGGACACAGUCAAAAACAUUGGAUAGUUCUUCUCUGCCAGGAGCGAUAUUAGUGCACCUUAUUGUUCCCGGCCUCAAUGAAACUCAGCAGAAACUUCCCCCUCUCCUGACAAUAGAUGACAUACCUCAAGCAUCCAGGAAAAAACUGGCUAAGAAUGAAACUCGAGCAUGGCCUGCUGAAUCCAAAACACCGGAAGUUCAAGAAAUCUCCCCACAGUCCCUCCCAGCUCAGGCUGAGAAAAAACAUGGACCUGAGGAAUUUAAAUCGACGCCUAAACCCGAAUUGGUGCAAACUCAAAACAUACUGGUUCCUAAUGAAAUACAGACACUUCCUUCUGGAUCCAGAAUCUCUGAUGCUCCAAAAAGUCCAUUGACAGAACUUGCUACUCAGGGUCCAGCCUUGAAAUCCGUAUCUAUACUUUCUGCGGAAACCAGAGAGAUGGAGACGGCUUUUGAGGAAACAAAGGCUGUUUCUUCAGGAUCCAAAACAUCUGGUACCACAGAAGUGCAACCAACCAGAUCUACUUCACGUGACUUUCUUGCUGUUACUUCUGCUCCCCAAACUUUUACAGCUUCAGAAAUACCAGACACUGCUAGUGAUACUCCUGAGUUGGAAAUAUCCAGGUCCAUAAUUACUACAGAACCUCAGUUGUUAGAAACAGCACUGGGUGAAAGGAAACCUCUUUCUUCAAGAUCCACAACAUCUGGCAUGCCAGAAAUGCCACUAACCUCAGCUGCAGCCCAGAGACUGGACCUGGAAUCCGCCUCCCCUGCUUCACCGGGAACCACAAGGACUGUGAUGGCUACUCGAAGACCAAGGCUGAAGUCCACCGCUCCUUCCUCACUGGCAACCCAGAAAACCCUGACGGCCUCAAAUGACUUUCUACAUGUUACUUCUACUCCCCAAACAUCUACAUCUGCAAAAAUGUCAGAGCGAGAGACUGUACCUAUUCAAGUGCCUUUCAAACCUGUUACAUCUGACAGCAGUGAAGUGGAAUUGGCUUCUGAUGAAACACAACCUAUUUCUUCAGGAUCCACAACAUUUGCUAUUCCAGAAAUGCAAUCAACAGAAUCUGCUACCCAGGGACCUGGCCUGAAAUUCACACCUCAUCCCUUCAUGAAAACCGGAGGGAGCAUGAUGGCUUUUGAUGAAAAGCAGCACAUUUCCUCAAGAUCUGAAACACCUGGCAUCCAAGAAAUGCCAUCAUCUGUACCUGCUCUCCCAAGACCAGUUCUGGGACCCACAUCUUUUCCUUCUCUGGAAACCAUGAGGACAGUGAUGGUUACUCAGAGACCAAAGCUGAAAUCUACUUCUCCUUACCUUGCAAGCCAACGCACAGUGGAGGCAGCCCAGAGACUGGACCUGGAAUCCGCCUCCCCUGCUUCACCGGGAACCACAAGGACUGUGAUGGCUACUCGAAGACCAAGGCUGAAGUCCACCGCUCCUUCCUCACUGGCAACCCAGAAAACCCUGACGGCUUCACUGGACUCUCAUCAUAUUACUUUCCUGUCCCAAACAUCUGCAUCUGCAGAAAUAUCAAAAAUAGAGGCUUAGGUUUUGGUUAUGGUUGCAAGUUCAGCUGACCUGGAAAAAUCUAUGCCUCCACUUUCCAGAACACCUCAUGUGCUAACAACAACUAUGGCUUUCAGUGGUAUUCAGCCUGUUCUUUCAAGCCCUGUGACACCUAGUAAGCCUGAAAUAGCAGAUGCUGUACCAGCAAGAAGUGAAUCCAUUGUGGAAUCUUUUACAACUAAAACUACUCGUCCUUUUCAAUGGCCAAGGGUAACAUUAGCUCCAAAAGAAAUACCAAUUAUUCCUUCUAAACUGAAACCGUCUGCUACCCCAGAAGUACAGCAUGCGAAACCGGCCCCUAAACCACCAGUUCUGGAGCCUAAAACUUCUCAGACUGUUGAACAACCAAAAGCAACUCUAGCUCCUAAAGAAGCAAAACUCAUACCUUCUGCAUCUAAACCUAGACCAGCUGCCAGACCCAAAAAGCCACGAACUAAACCUGCAGCAACCAUUCCGGUGUCAGUCACUACUAGGACUCCCUACACAUACGAACAUCCAAAGACUGCGGAGGUCUUGGAACCUAUUACACUUAGAAUUGAACCAUCAAGGUCAACGAUAGCUCCAAAGGAAACUCAGCAUGUUCCUUCUAAACUUAAAACUUCAUCCAAACCUCGUAUCUCACAGGCCAAAGAUGUUCCAAAAGAAACACAGCAGGUUCCCUCCAAACCUAGAACAUCACCAAGCUCAGAGGUGCCACAAACCAGGCCUGCUCCUAAAGAUACACAUCAUGGGCCUUCCAAACCUAAAACAUCACCCAGUCCACGUGUUCCUCCAACUAGAGCAAGUCCAAAAGAAAGUCGACGAGUCUCUUCCAAGCCCAGAGCAUCACCAAGUCCAGCUGUACCCCACACAAAACCUGCUCCUAAAGAACCACAGCGUACUCCCGUUAAACCUAAAGCAGCUCCCAUCCCAGAUGCUCCACACAGCAAGCCUGAAAUCAUUCCAACCUUCCAUGAACCAGAUACUACCAUGAUUCCUCAUAUUCCUGAAAGAACAAAGGCCACGUUGGCUCCAACUGAAAAACAAUUCAUUCAUACCAAACCAAAAACAUCUGAAAAACCAAGAGUGCCACACACUAAACCUGCAAUACAUCAGACAACUCCACAACCAAUUAUUACAAAAUCUUCUACUACCGUUGAGUAUUCAAGGGCAGCAAUGGCUCCAAAAGAAAAACUGCUUAUUCCUUUCAAACCCAAAACAUCUGUCGGGCCAGACAUACCACAGACCAAACCUGCUCCAAGGACAACACACCUGGGAUCAAUUAACCUUAUAACAGUUCAUGUUGUUGAUGGGUCCAAAAUGACUUUGGUUCCCAAUGAAACAUACCAUAUUUCACCCAAGCCCAAAACUGCAGUACCAACUGAAAUUCCACGGUUCCAUACAGCACCUCAUAAAACACGUCUCACUUCUGCAAGACCAAAGCCAUCUGAUAAAUCACAGACCAGACCUGCUCUUAGUAAAACCACACUAGCACCAGCUAGAACAAAAGCACCUGGACUGCCAAAGUGGAUUGCACCAACAGCAGAUGAUGUAUAUACACCUGAGGAUAUUGCCAGCCAAAUUGGUGUGGAUGUGGAAAAACCUUUGGAAUAUAGUGAUACCUGGGAAAAGCCAAUUUCUGUAACUACAUCGCCUGGCCCUCAGCAUCCUCCCAUACCUCCUGCCAAGCCUACACAAAUGCGAAGAAAACCCCUGCCUCCAAACACCGUGACUGGAAAACCAGGGAGUCCAGCUAAACCUGCUGGACCAACAACACCUGUGAGGACAGGAACAUCAUACAAGACACCAACAGCUUUUGCAACUCCAGAGUAUUAUAUUGAUGCAACUGUCUUCAGCUCAAGCCCUACAUCAGAAACAGAUUCUUCAGGCAAACCAAGGUACCAAGCCCCCCACGUUAAGUACAUGAAGAAAGAUGAUGAUGUGCCUUGCUCUAUCACGAGCUCUCUUGAACAUUUUCCUCAAGAAGAAGCUGGCAGCAGGGAAGAACCUACUCGUCCUCCACAAAAUCCUCCAACCAACCUCACAGUGGUGACUGUUGAAGGCUGUCCAACUUUCGUCAUAUUGGACUGGGAAAAACCAGACAAUGACACUGUUACUGAGUAUGAGGUUGUGUCAACUGAAAAUGGAGCAAGUGAUGGUGAAAAGGAGAAAUCGAUUAUCACUACAAAUCAAACCCAUUCUACUGUGGAAAACUUAAAACCUGACACAAGUUAUGAAUUCCAUGUCAAACCUAGAAACCCUCUUGGUGAAGGUCCAAGUAGCAACGUUGUGGCGUUUAGUACCGAAUCAGCGGACCCAAGAGUGAGCGAGCCAAUUUCAAUGGGAAAGGAUGCUAUCUGGACUGAAAUCCCAUUCAAUUCGGACACCUAUUCAGAAUGCAAAGGGAAGCAAUAUGUAAAGAGGACUUGGUAUAAGAAGUUUGUAGGUGUGCAGCUGUGUAAUUCUUUGAGAUACAAGAUAUACCUCAGUGAUUCACUUACAGGAAAAUUUUAUAACAUAGGAGACCAGAGGGGCCAUGGAGAAGAUCACUGCCAAUUUGUGGACUCAUUCUUAGAUGGAAGGACAGGACAGCAAGAAGAUCAACCAGUCAAAGACGGCUUUUUCAGGGCAGUUCGUCAGGAACCUGUCAAAUUCGGAAAAAUAGGCGGGGAGACUCACAUUAACUACGUGCGCUGGUACGAGUGUGGAACAUCGAUACCUGGGAAGUGGUAGCUGCGAUGUGAACCUGGCGCAAAGGCCCAGUAUCUGCCACCGCCGGCAGCUGCCCAGCGCAGGCCCGACGCCGUGUACGGCACACCUGGCCCCUCGGGGAGUUUGCUGGUGUGCAAGGGCUCAUACAAAUCUAAUGCCAAUACCGCAUUAAUUGUGUAAUAGCGUAGGCUGCUUACUGUAGUUAUCCAGUUUUACAAAUUUGUUUUUAGAUUAAAAAAAAUCCCAACCAGGCUAGGGACACGUCCUAGAGUAACAUGUAGGGAAGCUGGCUCCCUAUUCUUGAGGUACGGUUUAUAGGGUAUCGUAAAAGAUACAGUGUGUAUAUUAUUUAUCACAAUGUUGUAAUAAAUGUUUAAGGCACAGUUACGGCAGUCGUCAUGGAAUGGAACGUGUGUCAGUUUUUAAAUAUUCACUGGUUUUCUUGUAACCUGAGUGCCAUAAGCUACCUGUCCAGAUGGAUCCAUAAUGUCUCCCGGUCGUAAAUUACAGAAAAGACCCUGCAAUGUUUGAUACCCUGCACCCAGUAAACUUGAAGCGCUUUCUCUUCACAUGUACAAACAGUCCAUACCCUGCCAAGACAUGGCGGUAGGUUGCUGUACGCGCAGCUUUACCCACCAGGCCAGUGGGGCUUUCCCCAUGUUGGUUUUCAAACAUCGGCAGGGGCAGCUGAGCCAGCCAAGCCCCCCAGCCCGUCCCUGCAGCGGCUGGGUGCCGGGUUUGGGUUCCUCAAGCUGCGGCAGGCAGGCACGGACAUGCCUGGGAUUCACUGAAAAGCCCCAACAACUGGCCUGCACGGCAGCAGUGUCUCAUGACAACACAGCUUUCAAAGACAGUCACUGGUUCAAAAGCCAUGUGCACGUACAGCGCAGGGGGACUUGGAAAGAGAAAGGAAACAAAAAUAAGCUUGUUAUGAUAGUCGGUCAGGUUUAAUUUUAUUUUUUAAAAAAAGGUGGGUUUAAAACAUUUUUCACUGGAGACAAAGGGGAAGUAGCGGUAACUGAACUUAAAAAGUGCUUUACAGCUAUUUUGAUUAAAACCUCUCCCAAAGCUACUUGUUGUACUGCUUGAACAUUUAUGAACUAAAUAAAGAGAUGUAGGGUUUUUUUUAAAGGUGUUAUUCAUUACAUUACUAAUGUAUUGAAAAAAUAUGAAACAGGAACACCCAUAUAUAUAUAGUAGAAAUAGUCAUUUAUAGAAAAUGCCUUAUAAAGUACAUUGCAGGUACACUGUACUCCUAAUAAAAUAUUUUUUAAUCAAAUGCUUUUCUUUUCUUAAGUGUUUUACAUGAAAACAAGUAUUAGUUUUGUGGCAAAUGCUGUUACUUCAGGACACAGUUUGAUCUGACACAGGCACAAGCCAAACCGCGUGACAGCACCUGCUGUCUCAGGUCCAACCGCUGUGGCAGCAGCAGUGUGUAAGGGGCCGAAGGGGUAGGAAUGUGUCACUCCAUUUCCUCAUUUGUCUUCAUGAGAAUACACCCAGCUUGAUCCAGUUCAUUUUCUUUUUAUUUUUUUUUAUUCCCUACUUAAUGUAUUCCUAGAAUCCAUAAGAUGGAAAAUACUAACUGGGAGAAGGUUUUGCCCUUGGCUGUUACAUGGUCUACUGAAUUCGUUACAGCUCUUGAUCUGCUUUUUCUUGGCUAAAAAUCGAGUCACUAGAAUUGCACUCCCAAGUUUUUCUGGGUGGCAAAGAACCUGUGGAAAGCUGUUCCUUUCAAAGAGCUCUUUUGAAAAAAUAUGUUAUUUAGCUUAAAUUUCUGAGUAAUAAAGCCACACACACACCACCCUUGUUAGAAAUCAUACAGCCCCUUAUCACCUUCACUGUUAGGUAUCCGUCCCUGUCCAUGCACUAAGAGGUUACAUGGCCAUUACAGCAGCAGAAGGCGCAAAACCCACCCACUGCCACACAGCCCAUGGAAGUGAUCCUACCAGCCACGCUUCUCCCUCUGCGCACUGGGC